AUGACCCCAGUUACCGCAGACCACGAAAUCAUCCGCAAUUCCUUCACGAACAACGUCAAGGCAUCCUUCCCCAACCCUAUCGGCAGCAUCGAAGGCAUUGCAGCACUCAAGUUCGCAGUACGGGGUAUGGUGGGUAAUUUUCAAACCCAGCAUGCUUUGAGCACGCAACUGAUUGAGCUUACUGGCGACAAAACGGCCGAUGCUACGACUUAUGUCACGACCGUUCUCUUCGGCGUGGGCAAGGACGAAGGAAAAUCCAUGACUACUUGGGGCAUGUAUCAGGACAAGCUUGUCAAAGAUUCUUUUGACGGCCAGGAAGACUGGAAGAUAGCUGAGCGGAGAGUGAUUUCUCAGUUGCCAUUGGCUGGGGAUUUGUUCUUUCUUUCUGCGUAA